AUGCGGACAGCAAUUUACUGCUCUAAAAAGGUUGGUUUGCGAAUGAGGAUUCGAAGCGGAGGCCAUGACUUUGAGGGCAGCUCCUAUGUUUCCAAUGCUACCUUUUUCGUCAUGGACAUGUUCAAUUAUCGUUAUGUUAAAGUUAAUAACAAAGAACGAACAGCAUGGGUUGGAGCUGGUGCAACAAUAGGAGAAACUUACUAUGCCAUUAACAAAACUAAUAGCUCGCUUGCUUUCGCAGCUGGCUAUUGGCCUACUAUUGGAGUUGGGGGUCACGUUAGCGGAGGAGGCUAUGGUCCUCUGAUAAGGAAACAUGGUCUAGCUGCUGAUAAUGUCAUUGAUGCUCGUAUUGUCGAUGCAAAAGGAAGAGUUCUCACUCGAGCAUCGAUGGGAGAGGAUGUGUUUUGGGCAAUCAGAGGGGGAACAGGUGCUAGUUUCUGUGUCAUUCUCGCAUAUAAAGUAAAAUUGGUUGCCAUUACCCCGAGAGUUACAGCAUUUCGGCUUUACAAAACCCUGGAAACAAAUGCAACAAACCUUGUUCACAAGUGGCAAUUUGUUGCCCCUAAGUUGCCAAGGGACCUACUUCUUUCACUCCAAAUAACUAGUAUCAAUUCAAAUCAAACUGGCAGAAAAACGAUACAAGCUUCAUUUGUUGCUGUUUUCCAGGGAGGAGUGCCUAUUCCAGUUGAGGGGUUAAAGAAGAUAUGGGGACAACUUUUCAAGAUAGAUAAUCCACCUGGGAGAUUCGAAUGGACCCCUUUUGGGGGAAUUAUGGAUGAGAUUCCUUCCACAGCAAUUCCGUUUCCAUAUAGGGCUGGAAAUAUAUUCAUUUUGUUUGAAGCUAUUGAAUGGAAUGGAUCAGAACCAAAUCUACAAAGACAGCGUAUAGCUUGGAUUCGACAAAUGCAGACGAUUAUUGGUCAAUAUGUAGCCAAAAAUCCAAGAAGGGCAUAUGCUGAUUACAGGGAUCUCGAUUUGGGUAUAAACAACCCAAAUUUCACCAGCGUUGAAGUAUCAAGAAACUGGGCUGUUCCAUAUUUCAAUCAAAACUAUGAGCGAUUGGUCAGGGCCAAGACGCACAUUGAUCCUUUCAAUUACUUCAAUACUGAACAAAGUAUUCCACCUUAUAGUCCACGUAAGUGA